UGUUAUGUUUUGUGUUGCGCUUGCGCUAGUGGAUAUAGUUUGUACCUAAUAGUUGUUUUGUUUAAAAUGUUUUUAUAUAAAUCUUAUAGCAGUCAACAUUUAAUCAGAUUAUUUAUAUAUCUUUUUAUUUUUCCAUUAUAUUUGGCUUCUACUUCAUCAGUUCCGCGAGAAUACGGCGAGUUUAAAUUGUUUCAAACACCGGUCUUAUACGAUCUAAACACUUCAGUAUCAAUUAAUGAUGAGCUCGAGAGCGGGAGAUCGAUCGGUUAUAGAAUAAAGGCGGUCGUGAGAGUGGAGCCGGUAUGGAGCAGCCAGGAAACCGACUUCCUGUUAAAGUUCCACCUGGAAUCGCCCCAGCUGUACACGGCAGGCAAGAAGGGCGAGGUCUCCGCGGCGUCCUCGUGGGGCUCCCUGGGAGAGUCCGCGUUCUACGCGCGGCUGACGCACGGCAUCGUGCAGACUGCAUAUCUGGACGACAAAGAUCCGGUGGACCUGCUCAAUUAUAAGAAGUCUAUCAUCAGUCUUUUUCAGUUUCGAGCUAUUGACGGUGAAAGCAAAGAGACGGACGUGUCUGGGCCCUGCGAUGUGCUGUACGAGUCUUCUUCACUCACAACCAUUUACAAAACAAAGACGAAGUGCGAGUGGGAAGAGGCGGGGCAGUGGCGGCGGCGCGCCACGUACUCGCUGUCGGCGGCGCUGGACGCGCUGGCCGGCGUGCGCGCGCGCGAGACGGCGGCGCUGGGCUCGCCGCGCGCGCUGCUGCUGCUGCGCGCCGAGCACUCGCUCGCGCUGCGCGCCGCGCACGCCCGCCCCGCGCCCGCGCCCGCGCCCGCCGAGCUGCACCAGGCUCUGCAGGCCAUACCGCCCCAUCUCAAGCCUGACGAUUUGACCCUGAAGGCAGAACCUCAGAAAUGGGAGUGGGAUGAGGAACUGGAGCCGGCGCUGUCCGAGCUGCUGUCGCUGGCGGGCGCGGGCGGCGAGGAGGCGGCGGGCGCGGGCGGCGGCGAGCGCGGCGCGGGCGCGGCGCUGCGCGCGCUGCCGGCGCUGGCCGCCGCGCCCGCCGCCGCCGUGCGCCGCGUCUUGGAAGACGACCGCUACUACGACCUUCUGCCGACGCUGUACCGGCUGGUGGGUCUGAGCGGGUCGGCGGCCGGUCUGUCGGCGGCCAUUCAGCACCUGCAGCUGCUGCACGAGGACGCGCCGCGGCAGCCCGCGCUGCAGCUGCUGGCGGGCGCGGCGCUGGCGGGCCCCGCCGCCGGCGCCGACGCGCUGCUGCAGCUGGCCCGCGAGGCGCGCGCGCCGCACGUGGCCGACGCCGCGCUGCUCGCCGCCGCCGCGCGCGCGCGCCACCAGCCGCAGCAGCGCGAAGUGCGCGAUCAUCUGCUGAAGGAUCUCGCUCGGUGUAAGGAGGACCCGUGCCGCAUCACACGCCUGCACGCGCUCGGCAACCUGGCGGCGCCCGAGGCGGCGGCGGCGCUGGCGGCGCAGCUGGAGCGCGGCGCGCCCGGCGUGGCGCUGGCCGCGCUGGACGCGCUCGAGGCGCUGCCCGCGGCCGCGCUGCCGGACAGCGUGCAGCGCGUGGCGGCGGCGGGCGGGCGCGCGCUGGAGGUGCGCGCGGCGGCGCUGGACCUGCUGCUGCGGCGGCGGCCGGCGGCGCUGCUGGCGCUGGCGCCGCAGCUGCGCGCCGCGCCGCCCGAGCUGCGCCGCGUGCUGUGGCAGCGCGUGGCGGCCAGCGCCGAGCUGCGCGCGCUGCUGCCGGGGCUGCCGCUGCGGGACCGCUCGUGGCUGGCGAGGGCCAAUCCCGGCACGUCUCACGUGCUGCAGCGCGCGACGGGCUGGGCGCGCGGCGCGGCGCUGCACUCCACGCAGCUGGCGGCGGCGGGCGCGCUGCGGCGCGGCACGGUCGCGCUUUUCGACGCCGGCCACGAGCUGCUCGCGGUGGAGGUGUGGGCGCGCGGGCUGGAGUCGCUGGCGGGCGCGGACGCGGCGCCGCUGGGCGAGGGCGCGCACGCGGCCGCCGCGCCGCACGCCGGCCUGCGCACGCGCCUGCGCCACACGCACCAGCCCGGGCUGCUGCUCUUCUCCGGACAGGCGGAGCUGCUGGGGCACGUGUGGGCGGGCGCGGGCAGCGAGCCCACGCCGGUGCUGCGCGGCGCCGCGCUCGGCGACCGCUCGCUGCUGCGCACGGCGCGCGCGCCGCUCGUGACCGGCGCCGUGCUGCAUCACCGCGCGCUUCACCUCGACAGCUUCGCCGUGGACGCGCAGGCGCAAGUGUCGCUGUGGUCGCGCAGUGCCCGCGCGACCCUGGAGCUGCGCGUGGCGUCCCUGAGCGACUGCCGCGCCGGCGUGGCGGCCGUGGGCGGCGCCGGCCCGCUGCUCGCCGCCGCCCGCGCCGGCGCAGCGCCCUCGCUCACGCUGGACGCGCACAUGGACUUCUACGACGGCGUGACGCUGUGCGUGCGCGCAGACCUCGCGGCGCACGCGGAGACCGCCAACCACACGCUGGCGGCGCGCCGGCGGCGGACGCUGCGCCGCGCCGGCCGCACGCUGGCGCUGGGCCGCGACAACGACGGCGCCUGCCGCCACCUCGCCGCCGCCGACAGGCGCUGAGUGCCGCCGUGCUCAUGAACUCUAUUAGGGCUUUAAUUAUUGAAUCUCAUCCGUUGCAAAAUGUUUACUACUUGUGCGAUAUUAAUAAAUUAAAAGUUUCGGUAUCUCACGUAACUUUUAAUUUAUUCACAGACAUCGACUAAUGCGUAAAUGUAAAUCAUGUUUUAUACCAUCUGCACUAGUCAUCUGUUUUAUUAUAAACAUAGAAUAAGUGAUAUUAGAAAAUACGUUUCAAAAUAUUUUAUCUAAAGCUAUGAUUUUCCAAAUAUAUUUAUUUUUUAAAGAAUAUUUUACUUCUAAAA